AUGACCCUAGAGCAGAAACCAGCUAAAGGCACAAGCCUAACAGAAGCUCUUACAGUGGAUCGACAUGCUAGCUCAGCAAAAUUUCUAAGACGGCUCUAUCGAGAAAACAGCGCCCAACCGCGCAGUCCGGCUGGCCGAGAAACUAUUGUUUCGCGCUCGGCCAAAGUCACAUCCGUCCGACUGAAGUCUCGGCCAAAGUUUGAAACUGACCAACCGAUCAUCCAACACGACCGUUCCGACUCGGCCCACGACCCGACUGUCCGGCCGAUCGUCCCGACCGACCGUGCCAACGCCGCGGUCGACCCGAAGCCAGUUUUGAAGCCCGAUUUCAUAUUUUCAAGGCCCGGCUUAACCCUAAGCCGCCCCAAAAGACCUAGCACUAUAUAUGUAGCUUUUUAG